GACUCGCACUCUUUACUCUGCAGCCUCGCAUCUCCUGCGAGUAAUACAACCGUGGAAUUGGACACAGAGCACAUUCUCUGUGCUCACCAUCCAACAUGGAGUCCAUCAAAGCCGUGUUCUUCAAGCCAGAUCCCCAAGCACAGGUAACCUUCCACGCAUCAAAACUGAUAAGUACGCUCAUCCUAAUCCUCUUAGGUCCGGAAAUGUAAUCAACUGAUCCGACAAAACACCCGCAAACUUGACCGCGACAUUGCGAAUAUGAAGCUGGCCGAGAACAAAGCCAAAACCCUCAUCAUCCAAGCCAACCGCCGAGCCCAGCGCAACCCCUCCCAAGCAAAGCAAGCCGAGAAAGACAUCCGCAUCUUUGCGCGCGAGCUCAUACGCACGCGGAAACAACACAAUAGACUCGUCACAUCCAAAGCGCAGCUCAACAGCGUGUCCAUGCAGGUUACGGAGGCAUUCGCAGUGCGUAAGAUAGAGGGCAGCAUUAGGAGUAGUGUUGGCAUCAUGAAGGACGUCAAUAGUCUCGUCAAGCUCCCGGAACUGAUGGGCACGAUGCGCGAACUGAGUCAAGAACUUGUGAAGGCGGGGAUUAUUGAGGAGAUGGUGGGAGAUAGUCUACCGGAUGAGCUGGAGGAGGAGGACGAGGAGGCUGAGACGGAGGUUGAUAGGGUGUUGGGUGAGAUAUUGACAGAUAAGAUGAGUAAGGUUGGGGCGACGCCGAAUCUACCUACCCCUGUUAAGGAUCAACCUGUUGCGGAAGAUGAGGAUGAGGAGGAUGCGGAGGCUAUGUUGGAUCAGAUGAGGGGGAGGUUGGAGGCUCUGAAGAGUUGAGUAUGGUUACAUUGGGCCUUUGAUUUUAACGGCAUGGAGUUUGGGUGGGUAUGGGUUGCACGAGGCGUUAUUUAAGAAUUAAUGCGCUCCAAAGGGGCCGAUUCUGGACAGAAGUCUCGAAUAUGAGAGUUCAAGAUGGCAUAUUGUACAGGUAGAGUUUUGCUGCUACAAUUCCACCAUGUCUAACGAAGACCGCCGU